CUAGUUACCAUGUGCGAUCAAUAUAAAUAUCUGGGAGGCAUGAUGCACAUUUCUGGGAACUUGGAAUGCAACAUUCAACACCGUAUAGCCGCAGCGUGGCAAAAAUGGCGAGAAUUGACUGGUGUUACUUGCGACAAAAGAAUGCCAGUGAAACUUAAGGGUUUGGUUUAUAAGUCCAUGAUAAGACCAGUCCUCAUGUACGGCAGUGAAACUUGGGCCAUAACUCAAAAGAACGUGCAUACCAUUCAAGUUGCUGAAAUGAAGAUGUUGAGAUGGAUGUGCGGCGUAACCAGGCUCGAUAAGAUCCGCAACGAGUUCGUGCGAGGUAGCCUCGGUGUGCGCGAUAUCGCUGAUAAGAUGCAGGAGAGUAGGCUGCGAUGGUAUGGUCACAUAAGGAGGAGGCCGCCGGACUACGUCGGUAAUUUGGCACUACAUCUUUCCCUUCCCGGCCGCAGAUCCAGAGGCAGACCCAAAACUAGAUGGAAAGAUGUAGUGCUAAAAGACAUGAGUGAGUGCCAAGUCUCAGAUGAAGAUGUCGAGGACAGGGCGAGGUGGAGGAAACUGAUUGGAAAAGCCGACCCCACCACCAUGUGGGAUUCGAGCUAGGCAGAGAGAG